GCCGCCGCCGGUCAUCAUGAGGAGGUUCAGGGCGGUCCGGGGUCUCUUAGCGUCGACCGUCCCCCGGGCUCAUGGGCAGCUGGGGGCCGCCACCGUGGUCAGGCACCGGCAGGACGGGCCGGUGCAGCCUCCCAGCGCUGCGAGACUGGCGGGUGUGCCGACUCUGAGGGAGUUUCUGCGGACGGUGCCCCAGGAUGAUGUGGGGAGCGGGCCGGGCGAGCAGCUGGAGGGUCCGCCGCCCUACCUGAGCGGGCCCGGGGUCUCCUGCAGCGGCCGGAGAGUGUAUUUUGAAACCUAUGGGUGUCAAAUGAACGUUAAUGACACAGAAAUUGCUUGGUCUAUCCUCCAGAAAAAUGGUUAUGUGAAAAGUAGUAGCUGUGCAGAGGCCGAUGUGAUCUUGCUAGUAACAUGUUCAAUCAGGGAGAAGGCAGAGCAAACGAUCUGGAACAGGCUGAAGCAGCUUGCGUCCCUGAAAUCCAAGCGAACAAAAUCUCAAGUUCCACUUAAAAUAGGAAUUUUAGGAUGCAUGGCUGAGAGACUUAAAGAGGAGAUCCUGGAAAAGGAGAAACUUGUUGAUGUAAUUGCUGGACCAGAUUCCUACCGUGAUCUUCCGAGACUCCUAACAGUGGCUGAAGCAGGCCAAAAGGCUGUGAAUGUUUUAUUGUCAUUGGAUGAAACCUAUGCAGAUGUCAUGCCAGUUCAAGUCAAUACCAUGACAAAGUCUGCAUUUGUCUCUGUCAUGCGUGGAUGCAACAACAUGUGUAGCUAUUGCAUUGUUCCUUUUACCCGUGGACGGGAACGAAGCAGACCAAUUUCUUCAAUUUUAAAAGAAGUCAAAAUGCUUUCAGAUCAGGGAGUGAAGGAGGUUAUGUUACUAGGACAGAAUGUGAACAGUUACUGUGAUACAUCAGAGGUUUCACUUCAUAUGAAGGAACCUACACAGCUGAGCCGUGGAUUUACUACCAUAUACAAGAAUAAACUUAGAGGCUUACGUUUUGCUGACUUACUGGAUCAGGUCUCGAGAAUCGACCCUGAGAUGAGAAUCCGUUUCACAUCUCCUCACCCCAAGGAUUUCCCAGAUGAGGUUUUGUGUCUUAUCCAGGAAAGAGCCAACAUCUGCAAACAUAUCCAUUUGCCUGCGCAGAGCGGAAGCACUGCUGUCCUUAAAGCUAUGAGACGAGGAUAUACAAGAGAAGCUUAUUUGGAACUUGUUGAACACAUACGCAGGAUCAUCCCAGGUAUAAGCUUAAGUAGUGACAUCAUUGCUGGAUUUUGUGGAGAGACUGAGGAUGAUCAUCUACAGACCAUUUCACUUCUUAGGGAAGUGAGGUAUAACAUUGGAUAUCUUUUUGCUUAUAGCAUGAGAAAGAAGACACACUCUUACCAUAAACUUCAGGACAGCGUUCCUGCAAUUGUGAAACAACGUCGUUUGGAAGAACUCAUCACUGUGUUCCGUGAGGAGGCAGCAAAACACAACUCUGAUCUUGUUGGAAGUCAGCAACUCGUGUUAGUGGAAGGGACCAGUAAGCGAUCCAAGAUGGAAUUGUGUGGAAGAAGUGAUGGUAAUAUUAAAGUAAAUUUUCCCAGCGUGGAGAUAUCUUGUGACUGGUCAUCUGGAAUGCUUGCUUCUAUUAAACCUGGAGACUAUAUAUUAGUGCAAAUAACAUCUGCCAGUUCUCAGAGUUUAAAGGGUACCCCAAUCUGUCAUACAACACUGAAUAAUUCAACAAAGAUGACACCUGAAAACAGGAAAACUAUUAGUUAUGGACAAUAACGUAUACUUGGGAUUGGAAAUGUACUGCAAGAUGAUUUGAAGAAAGUAUCAUCGUUGUGCUCCUGCACUAGGAGUAUUAUUGAGAAUUGCAAAGUUAGGACUUAUACAUUCUUUCACCACACAAGAGACAGAGAUAACCAAUGCAUUCAUCUUUUUAAACUUCUGAUCCUGACAAUGAGUUAAAAAUCUGUUGUGAUUUAAAAUGUCAGAUGCUUGGUAUUACAAUAUCAAAGUAUUGGCAUGGAAGAAAUGUAACAUUGUUCUGUCAAUGAGAGAUGAAUCAUUGUAACAGUGUUGCAU